AUGGCGAAUCUCCAACCAAAAGUAGAAGAAGAAGUACAACAAUCAUCAAAGUUUCAUGUACUUCCACUACCACCGAAUCUCCAACCAAAAGAAGAAGAAGAAGUACAACAAUCGUCAAGUGAGUUAUUUUAUCAAAAAAAGCAACACAUAUUCCAAAGCACACACAUAACAUAUCUCCAACCAAAAGAAGAAGAAGAACCACAACAACCAUUAUACAGUAAAGGUGAAAAAAGUAAGAUGCCCACUACUAACCCUGAAACAAGCGCAAAGUCAGACUAUUUUUUAGAAUUAAAGCAAAGGAGACAAAAGUAGGAUAUCCUCUACCAACCCUGGAACAAGUGCAAGAAUUUUUAAAAGGACAGCAGAAGAACUAGCAACACCAGCCGCGCAAUUGCCGAACGGGCAGACUAUGUCA